GUGCGUUUUCAACAUCGGAAGACAAAAACGCUACUUUCAUUUCAUACACCCACUCCGCCACAUUUGCUUUGCGCCGCCACCAGUGAACCCAACCAGACGAUCAUCCAGUGUGUAUAUGAAGCGGCGGCAGCAGCGGCGGCGCCGAUAAUAAUGUCUGCAAUUUUGAGAUACUCUACCUCCAAGCUCCGCCGCGUAAUUACUACAGCCGCGGUCCUCACCUCCAAACCGCACUCAAGCUUCCACUCCUCCGCCGUCAAAACCCUACGUCCGGCAACCUUCCUCCAUUCCCACCGGACCACAUUUCUCCAGGUACGGCACAAGUGGGAUGGAAUCUCCGACAACUACGAUCAAAUCAAAGCCGAGGUCGAUUGCCCGCGCUGCUCCAAACCGAUGACCGUGCUAUUCUCGAACCGGCCACUCUCCAUCACCGCCGCCGAGAGCGGCAUUUACCAGGCCGUGAACAUGUGCCACAAUUGUCGGACGGCCUUUUAUUUCCGGCCGUUCAAGCUGGAGCCGCUGCAGGGGAGUUUCAUUGAGAUUGGGAGGAUUAAGGGCGGGAGAGAGAAUUUUAGGGAUUUGGAGGGGAAUCACGCCGGAGAAAUUGGGAAGAAAGGGGUUAAGAUUUGGGAGAAGCUGAGGUCUUACAGUGGUGGCGGUGAGGAUAAUCGGAAGAACAGUGAUGCUGCUGAUCGUGAUUGUAACUGUAACGAAGAGGAGAUUUCGGAGGGAGGGGCUACGGGGGUUUCGGAGGAGGUGGAAAAAUUGGGGAAAGAUUUGCCUACGCCGAAGGAGAUAUGUAAGGUGCUCAACGAGUUCGUUAUCGGGCAGGAGAAGGCAAAGAAGGUGCUUUCUGUUGCUGUUUACAACCACUACAAAAGAAUAAAUCACUCCAUGUUUCAGAAAGAGACAGUUGCUGAAGCAGGCUGCACUGAGCCUGAACUAGAUUGUCACAACAGCGAUGUUGUUGAGCUGGAGAAAAGCAAUGUCUUAUUAAUUGGUCCAACUGGCUCAGGGAAGACGCUGCUUGCAAAAACACUAGCUCGAGUUGUAAAUGUGCCUUUUGUCAUUGCUGAUGCCACUUCACUAACACAGGCUGGUUAUGUAGGGGAAGAUGUUGAAUCCAUACUAUACAAAUUGCUCAUGGUUGCUGACUUUGAUGUUGAAGCAGCUCAACGAGGAAUUGUGUACAUAGAUGAAGUUGACAAGAUAACUAAGAAGACUGAGAGCUUGAACGUUGGUCGAGAUGUAUCUGGAGAGGGUGUUCAGCAAGCACUACUGAAAAUGCUGGAAGGAACUAUUUUAAGUGUUCCUGAUCUUAGAACAUCUAAGCAUUCACACCGUGACAGCAUUCAGAUAGAUACAAAAGAUAUCCUCUUUAUCUGUGGUGGAGCUUUUGUUGAUUUGGAGAAGAGAAUUUCUGAGAGACGACAAGAUUCCUCUAUUGGUUUUGGUGCACCUGUCCGUACUAAUAUGAGAGUUGGUGGAUUAAAUAUCGCUUCAGCCUCGUCACUAUUGGAACAUGUAGAGGGUGGUGAUCUUACUGCAUAUGGUCUUAUACCUGAGUUUGUUGGGCGGUUUCCUGUUGUAGUGAGCUUAUCGGCUCUUGAUGAAGACCAACUUGUUCAGGUUCUCACGGAGCCAAAAAAUGCUCUCUGUAAACAAUACAAGAGGAUGUUCAGCAUGAAUAAUGUCAAAUUACAAUUCACAGACGGCGCAAUGAGAUUGAUUGCAAAGAAAGCGACAGCCAGGAAUACUGGUGCGCGUGGUUUGAGAGCCAUCUUGGAAAAUAUUCUAACCGAGGCAAUGUUUGAGGUUCCAGAUGCGACAUCUGGAGUAAACUAUGCAGAUACAGUUUUGGUUGAUGACGAGGCUGUAGGUUCACCAGAUACACCUGGAUGCGGAGCAAAAUUGCUUUGGUCGAGUCGCGGAUUGGAACAAGUUCCUCCACAAACAAAAUCAAAAGAGACUCUGAAGAAGGCGCCCCGGUGAAGAGGAGGUUGCAUGAAGACUUGGAGGAUUCAUUGCCUGCCAUAAGUUUGUAAUGCAACAGCCUGAAAAAAGGCAGCUUGUAAAUAUUCAACAAUUUUAAGUUCUGUUGACCCCAAAUUUGUUGACUUGUCAUAACCGUUGCCUUGCUUUGCUUAUUUAUUUUUAGGCUUCACAAA